AUGGAGCAGUCUGCGAGCGAGAGCUACAAAGUCUGCGAACUGAAAUGGAGCAGUGGAGGCUGUGGCUACGCAAAUGGAGAAGAGAAGACGGGGUGGGAUUUGGGGAGUGAAAUGGAGCAGCCGGACGAAAGGGAAGGAAGAAAAAUGGGCGACCACGAUCCACGAAGUGAUGGUAAUGUUUGUAAAGGUAUUCUGCAGACAUUUGGCCUGUCCGGUAAUUCCCAAAGAGACUUCAGAAUGUUUGCAGCUUCAUCUAUUGCUGACACGUCAAAUUACAUACCAGCUGCUCCAAUAUUACUGCCUGAAUGGCCCUGGCAGCAGGUCCCUGGAGGAGUUACUGCUGCAAAGGGUUUCAAAGCUGCUGGGAUGUAUGGAGGGUUACGCGCAGUUGGAGAAAAGCCUGAUCUCGCUCUGAUAACCUGUGAUGUAGAUGCUAUGUCUGCAGGGGCAUUUACUACAAAUGUGGUUGCAGCUGCUCCUGUACUAUACUGUAAAAAAACAUUAGAUAAUUCAACAACGGCUCGUGCAGUACUAAUAAAUGCUGGUCAAGCAAAUGCAGCAACGGGUGAUGCAGGGUACCAGGAUUUGCUGCAAUUUAAUCCUGAGCAAGUAUUGAUUGAAUCCACUGGUGUGAUAGGUAAAAGAAUAAAGAAGGAGUCUCUUCUCAAGUCGCUUCCAAAUUUAGUAAAUCUGCUAUCAUCAACUGUUGAAGGGGCAUACUCCGCUGCUGUAGCAAUAACUACUACUGAUCUUGUAAGCAAGAGUGUUGCAAUUGAGUCUGAGGUUGGAGGAACUCGUAUAAGAAUUGGGGGAAUGGCAAAAGGUUCUGGAAUGAUCCACCCUAACAUGGCAACAAUGCUUGGUGUUAUAACAACAGAUGCUUCAGUCACAAGUGAUGUUUGGCGAGAGAUGGUACAGGUUGCUGUAAAUCGUAGUUUCAACCAAAUCACGGUGGAUGGAGAUACCAGCACAAAUGAUUGUGUCCUUGCAUUGGCUAGCGGUCUUUCAGGAUCAAACAAAAUUUCUUCUUUAUAUAGUUCUGAGGGAGAACAUCUUCAAGCGUGUCUUGAUGCUGUAAUGCGAGGUCUUGCAAAAUCAAUUGCUUGGGAUGGCGAAGGGGCAACAUGCUUGAUAGAGGUAAGAGUAGCUGGAGCAAGCAGUGAAGCUGAAGCAGCAAAGGUUGCACGAUCAGUGGCAUCUUCUUCAUUGAUGAAGGCUGCAGUAUAUGGUAGGGAUCCAAAUUGGGGACGCAUUGCUUGUGCUGCUGGUUAUGCAGGAAUUCCUUUUAAUCCAAACAAACUCAGAAUAUCGUUGGGAGAUAUUCUGCUAAUGGAUGGUGGGCAGCCGUUGCCAUUCGAUAGUGUUGCAGCUAGUAAUUAUCUUAAGAAGGCUGGGGAGAUACAUGGAACAGUUGUAAUUCAUAUAUCUAUUGGUGAUGGUCCAGGUAAUGGACUGGCAUGGGGCUGUGACUUGAGUUAUGAUUAUGUGAAAAUAAAUGCAGAGUACACAACGUAG